CACCUGAUGAUUUUCAGUUUGGUUUAAUGAGGACGGGCUCCGCUGACGCAGCCAAAGUAUUGAUUUCGUGUAAUAACACGCACUGAGUCUCGUUUUCAACACUUUUGUGGUCGCAGGCAUGUGGGUGGAGCUGUAACCUUAUAAAUCGCUCAAACCUGCCACCAGCGCACAGUACCGCAAAGUCAAAAGAGAAACCAAGGGAGGAACCUUGCUGAAGGAACCUGCGGGUUUAAAUUACAGAUUAAGCGACAAGGUUGGUUGGGGGCCCCCCUACUAUGACCGCUGGUGGGGGGCCCCAAGCAGCCGCCUACCUAUGCCUCUAUGGGAUUGUGAGAUAAAAUGGACAUCAAGCCACUUUUACAGAAGCUGGGCAUUGGUGUACGAAUCUUCUUUACAUUUCUUUUUGCUCUCGUAAUACUAGGAGUGGUACUGUGGGCUUACAUUGCCCAUGUAAAUAUUUUAUCAUCCCCGUAUGGCAUUAUGGCCUUUGGCUUUUACGGUCUUCUGCUAGGUCUUCAUCUACUGGUCCAGAGUAUUUUUGCCUUUGUGGAGCACCGGCGGAUGCGUACCCGACGAGAAGCUUGUUCCUACACCAAGACUGUUGGUUUUACCAUCUCUGCUUACCAGGAAGACCCAAAGUACCUGCGGGAUUGCUUACAAUCCAUUAAGGCUCUCCUUUAUCCACCUGAGUUGCUCCGGAUUGUCAUGGUGGUGGAUGGUAAUACAGAAGAAGACCGCUACAUGAUGGAGAUGUUCCAGGAAAUUUUUGCAGAGCAGGAUCCCAGCUGUUAUGUGUGGCAGAACAAUUACCACACACACCCAGCAGGGACAGAUCCCCAGGAAGAUGCUCAGCGCAGGGAGGUGGAAGAGAUUAUCAGAACCAAGCGGUGUGUUUGCAUUAUGCAAAAGUGGGGAGGGAAGAGAGAAGUGAUGUACACAGCAUUCAAGGCACUUGGAUCUUCUGUGGACUACAUACAGGUGUGUGAUUCAGACACAAAGCUGGAUCCCCUGGCAACAUUAGAACUGGUCAAGGUGCUUGAGAGUAACACAAAAUAUGGUGCUGUUGGUGGUGAUGUGAUGAUCCUGAACCUGAAAGACUCCUACAUCAGCUUCAUGAGCAGUCUGCGAUACUGGAUGGCUUUUAAUGUUGAGAGAGCAUGCCAGUCAUUUUUUGACUGUGUCUCUUGUAUUAGUGGCCCCUUAGGCCUGUAUAGGAAUGACCUAUUGCAACAGUUCUUAGAAGCUUGGUACAACCAAAAAUUUCUUGGCAAACAUUGCACUUUUGGAGAUGAUCGCCAUCUUACAAAUCGCAUGCUGAGCAUGGGCUAUGCUACGAAGUACACAGCUCGAUCAAAGUGCUAUACAGAGACACCAUCCCAAUUCCUGCGUUGGUUGAACCAACAGAUGCGAUGGACAAAGUCAUAUUUUCGUGAAUGGCUCUACAAUGCCUUGUGGUGGCACAAGCAUAACCUUUGGAUGACCUAUGAGUCAAUUGUGGCUGGAAUCUUCCCCUUCUUUGUCACAGCCACCAUGAUCCGACUGUUCUGGACAGGUACACUGUGGAACAUCCUGUGGGUCCUUUGCUGUAUUCAAAUAAUUGGCCUGAUUAAGGCAGCCUAUGCCUGCAUCUUGCGACAAAACAUAGUGAUGAUCUUCAUGUCUCUCUAUUCUGCCCUAUACAUGACAAGUCUUCUGCCCGCUAAGUAUUUUGCCAUGAUUACCAUAAAUAAGAGCAGUUGGGGCACUUCAGGCCGACGUAAGCUAGUGGGAAAUUACAUCCCUCUCAUUCCCCUGUCAAUAUGGGCAGCCAUCCUGCUGAGUGGUCUAAGCUACACAAUCUACAGGGAAAGCAAGCAGGACUGGAACUCAUCUGCAAAAAAAGAGGAGAUCAAAUAUUUGAUCUAUGGUGCUGUGGCAUAUGUCAGUUACUGGUUAAUAAUGGUGUUCUUAUACUGGGUGUGGUUUCGUAGACUGUGCCGAAAACGUUCACAGAGUUACAAUGUGACUGUGUAGUAUAAUUUUCCUGUGUGUUUUAUGUUUUUUAAAUUAAUUCAUUAAUUAAAUCAAUCAAUUAAUUCAUUCAUUCUCUAUAUCACCUGUCCAUUGUGGGUCAUGAAUGAGCAGGAGUCAAUCCCGGUGACAUUGGGUGAAAGGUGGGGUACACCCUGGACAGGUUGCCAGUCUGUUACAGGGCUAAGACUGAGACAAAAAGCCAUUCACACUCGCAUUCACACCUGUAGGCAAUUUAGAGUAGCCAGCUGACCAAAUCUGAAUGUCACUGGAUUGUGGAAGGAAAAUCAGAGCACCUGGAGGAAACCCAAGCAGGCACGAGCAGAACAUGCAAACUCUAUACAGAAAGGCCCCAGUCAGCCAGCAGGUUUGAACCCAGACCCUUCUUGCUGUGAGGUGACAGUGAUCACCACUGUACUGCCCCAGUAUUUUAUUUAUUUAGCUAACUAUCUAUUUAUUUAUUUAUUUAUCUUGUGUGCAUAAUGUUUGUUUUUUUUAUUUUGUUAUGUUUGUUAUGGAUUGUUUAUAACAUAUUAAUACAAUUUGCAAAGCAUUUUGUAAUAUGAAGAAUUUCCACUGUAUGUAAAAUUUACCUUGUAUUAUAAAUCUGUAUUAUACAAAUUUCCUCUCUGGUUUACAAACUGUUUUAUGCAGAUUU